AACACUGUCCUCUCAUUCAGAAUCAUUUCUACUUCAUUUUUCUUUGUUCUUCCUCAAACUUCAACCAUGGCUGACGAGGUGGUUCUUCUUGAUUUCUGGGCAAGUCCAUUUGGAAUGAGAGUCAGAAUUGCACUUGCUGAAAAGGGUAUCAACUAUGAGUACAAAGAAGAGGAUUUGAGGAACAAGAGUCCUCUACUCCUCCAAUCGAACCCUGUUCACAAGAAGAUUCCAGUUCUCAUUCACAAUGGAAAACCCAUUGCUGAAUCUCUGAUCGCUGUUCAGUAUAUUGAUGAGGUCUGGAAUGAUGCAUCUCCCUUGUUGCCUUCUGAUCCUUACCAGAGAGCUCAAGCUAGAUUCUGGGCUGAUUAUGUUGAUAAGAAGAUAUAUGAAAUUGGUAGGAACAUAAUUUGGAAGAAAAAUGAAGAAAGAGAAGCUGCCAAGAAGGAAUUCAUAGAUUGCCUCAAGUUGCUGGAGGAACAGCUCGGAGACAAGACUUACUUCGGAGGAGACAAGCUUGGGUAUGUUGAUAUAGCACUUGUUCCAUUCUACACUUGGUUUAAAGGCUAUGAGACCCUUGGCAACUUCAACAUAGAGAGUGAGUGCCCCAAGCUCAUUGCUUGGGCCAAGAGAUGCCUGCAGAAAGAGAGCGUUUCAAAGUCUCUCCAUGACCAAGACAAGAUCUAUGAGUUCAUUGUGGAAAUCAGAAAGAAGUUAGGCAUCGAGUAGGUUCGAGGCUUAAUGGCAACGGUGAAAUACUUGUCUUUCGUUUAUUGUCUCAGUUGAAUAAUAUUGUAAUAAAAGGCACCUUUCAGUAGAUGUGCCUAACAUGUAUGCUUUCUGUACGAUUGUACAGGGUUUGAAACACUUCAAAUGUAUCUUUGAUGUGUUUAUUACUGUGAAAUUUCCUCUUCUAUUCA